AUGGGAUGUGGCGCAUCAGUAUCACUGGCGGUGCUGUUGCCACUCUCUUACGUCGGCUUGCUACACAUAGUCGAUCAUGAUGGUACUGAUCGUAACGAUCCGCAGUCCAUACGUAAACGAUCAAUAGCAGCGGUCGUGAAUAAUGUGCUCUCCGUUGCGAUCACGUAUUUCGUGCUGUGUCAGGUAGGAUACCAUACGUUUCCUUACAGGUUCCAUAUUGCGGCUAUAAUUGUGUCGUUCCAGAAUUUUUAUUUUAACCCGUUUGCUGUUCUUGGCCCCUUUGGCCGCCAGUGUGCAAAAGUUCGACUGUGUCUCAACACGAAACCCGUGACAUUUCAGCGGAAUGACCCAUCACCGUUUCGUUCGAUGGGAUUUCGGGCCGAGGGCACCCUGGCGGCAGUCUUAUGGCCAGCAGUCUUGAUAGGAGUACUUUACACGGGACAAUGGGUUCUGUUGUACCUCGACGGCCAGUUGCGAUCGAUGUUCUGUGGGUUUUUUUUUCGUUGA